AUGUCAGCCAAGGAGUAUGAGAAAACAGCGCGGCUGGCCCUUGAAUCCGUCAUUGGGUUUGGGGGACGAAUCCCAAACAGUAUUAUUGCCCACCCAGAUGGAGAAAACCUCGUGUAUGGAUUAGGUGCAUGCAUUGUUAUUCAAAAGGUAAAUGAUCGAUCCGCCUCCAGCUUUCUCUACGGACACAACGACAAGAUCAGCUGCAUCACUGUGAGCUCGAGUGGGCGUUUCGUUGCCUCUGGACAGGUGACACAUGCGGGAUUUCAGGCAGACGUUUGUAUUUUUGACUAUGAUGAACGCCAGAUGGUGCAUCGUAUGCUUCUCCAUAAGGUGAAGGUUCAGGCGCUUGCGUUUUCAAAGGAUGAGCGGUAUCUCGUUUCUAUUGGUGGCGUGGAUGACAAGGCUGUUGUGGUGUGGGAUGUUUCAACAGGACGUCCCCUCUGUGGUGCUCCUGCCCACCAUACAGAAUCCAAGGCGGUGGCCUUCUUUAACAGUAAUUGUGAAAAACUCAUUACUGCUGGUGUGGGGUCACUUCGUGUCUGGACCAUUGAUCCAGACGACCGCAAGAUGAGUCCAAGUGAUGUCAACAUGGGAACCGUCCGUCGAUGCAUCACAACCAUUGUCGUGGAGGAAACGGAUCGAUAUGCCUAUUGUGGCACCACAAGCGGUGACGUGUUAUGUGUUCUGCUGGAACGAGAUGCCAAUGCCUUCAAGAUGAGUGGUCCACAAAAUAAGUUACCAGGCGGCAUUAAUUCCAUGAUUCUCACCCGAUCUGGUGACGUUCUGGUGGGGAGCGGCUCUGGUGAAGUGACUUUGCUUUCCAAGAUUAACCUGACGGUGCUCAAAUCGGUAACCGUGCAAGGAGCUGUCUCAGGGAUUGCCGUUGUCCAGCAGGGUUUUAUUGUGGGUACAGAGGAGAGCAACGUGUACCUUGUAGAGAGCGGAAAUUUCAAUGCAGAAUUGCGCUUGACAUGCCACAGCGAUACGGUGAAUGAUGUCGUAUUUCCAGAGGGCUUCAGUGCUCUCUUCGCAACAUGUUGUGGACCCGACAUUAGAGUCUGGAAUGCAUCCAACUCCAAUGAGCUUCUGCGUAUUCAGAUUGCCGGGCUCCUGUGUAAUUGUAUUCAGUUUACAAAGGAUGGCUCUUUGAUAGUCUCCGGCUGGGAUGAUGGUAAACUGCGCGCGUUUGGUCCACAGUCUGGCAAGCUUGUGUUUGCUGUCAACGAUGCUCACAAGAGGGAGGGAAUCAAAAAUAUGGGUGGCAGUUCCUCUGGUGUGACCGCGGUAUGUGUUGACAGUACAUCCGAGCACAUUAUUUCGGGCGGUGCAGACGGCCUUGUCCGGUUUUGGGAGGUGCGAGGCGCGACAUGUGAGUUGGUGGCCUCCAUGAAGGAACACAAGGCCACAGUGAACGCCAUAUGCAUUUCAAAAAAUAAUCUGGAGUGCGUCAGUGCCAGUGAUGAUGGCAGCUGCAUUGUAUGGGAUCUGAUGCGGCAUGUUCGUCGUGAUGUCAUCUACUCUCAAACAAGGUUUCGGGCCGUGGAGUACUUUGUAGAUGAAAGCCAACUGCUCACAACUGGAACAAACAAAACCAUCACAUGGUGGGACACGGUUGACUGUGGCGCCAUUCGUGAAAUCCCUGGCAGCAAGACGGGUGAGGUGAAUAGUCUCUCCAUCUCCACCGAUGGUCGCUUCUUUGUCACUGGUGGCAAUGACCGCAUCGUGAAGGUGUGGGGCUACGACGAGGGUGUCUGCGUCGCCGUGGGGUUGGCGCACAGCUGCAACAUCCAGAAGGUGCGGGUCUCGCCUGACAACAAGAAGAUCGUCUCCGUCGGGGACGAGGGGGCAAUUAUGAUUUGGUCCGUGGGCGACCUCGACAUUCACUCCCUGUAA